AUAAGCGAGUUCAUUCAUAAAUUCUACAUACAAAACAGAAAUACGAGAUACGAGAGAAUGUAGCGCAAAAAAAGCAUCAACGAAGCGAAAGGAAACUGAACGUCAAGUAGGAGAUUUUCGCUGUCACACUAACACAUCAUGCAGAGAUUCAAAAGACAUCAGCACGCAAAAAAUUUCAUCUCAUGAAAAGUUGGAAAAUUUGGAUGUUUAGCUAAUUUGCUGGCGAGGGAAAAACAUGUGAAUCCGUGAGUUCAAGUGAUAGUUUAUACAGUGCAUGCGAAAUGUGAAUGUAAAAUGUAAUAUCUUAUGUGUAAUUUGGCACGAAAUUCCUCGAACAAAACCAGCCAAAUUGAUAUUAGUCACCAUCAGUAAGAGGAGCUACUGCUGCUGUUGCUUCACGGAUGAGUGAACGGAGGAAUUUCUCGAUGCUUAUAGUCACCGAAUAAAUGGCGAUAAUCGAAUCCACAGAAAAUAACUUAGUCAGCAAAAGCAGAAAAACGUAGUGGAAGGCAAAAGGAGUGCUGUUUUUUUUGUACCCGUUAUUGGAUUGUAGUUUGAUAGUCGGUAAAAAAUGGCCUAUAUCAAUGUUGCGGAAUGGAGCAGUGAUCAGGUCACGGAUUGGUUGAAAGGCUUGGACAAUUCAAUGUACCACUAUGUACAAUCCUUUACCAACAAUGAGGUCGGAGGAAAACAAUUGCUCAAUAUUCGACCAUAUGAGCUGGAACAGCUUGGGAUGCUUUCCAUUGGACACCAGGAAAUAGUGCUGGAAGCAGUUGAAUAUCUAAAAAACUUUAACUACAAUCUGGACAAAGAAAACCUGCAAUUUCUGGCACUGCAUGUGGCUUCAACUGCACGGUCUCUCUGCAAACAAUUGGAAUACUCAGAUCAAACCAAACUCGAAACGCAAAUACUGAAAGAUAUUACGCGCACUGUCGCGGCUUUGAAACCCUUAAUUGAAUGGUUAGAUCGGGCACCCUUCAGAGGUCAGUUGCGCUUCGACGAGCUGCGGAAACAAAUCAUGAAACUGGGUCUAGAAAUGGCCACAAUGGCAAUGAGGGAUAGAUUUUCUGUUAAACCCGUUGAAAUGAUUCACAAUGUCGCCGAUAAGCUUGCCAAAAUAGCUGAUUAUAUAAUUCAAGAUAUUUCUGAUCCGAUGGUGCUGCAACCGGCUUCACUAGAUUUGGUCACAUUGAAGAAGCGCGAAUCCGAUUUAGGUUUCCUAAUUAUGCCUAGCUUGAACGGUAUUCAUAGAAUUGCCGAGAUCAAAUUCAACUCACCAGCGCACAACUCGGGUAAAGUGGAGGAAGGUGAUGAAAUAGUGCAAAUCAACUACCAAACUGUUGUCGGGUGGGAAUACAAAAAAGUGCUCGUUCAAUUACAGGAGUCACCGCCCGAUGUACUACUUACACUUAAAAAACGGCCGAAGCACACAAAAAUCUACGGCCAGAUCUAUAUCAAACCCUACCGAUUGCCCAGCAAGAAACGGUCGCUGCCAUACCGCUGGGGCGAAAAUUUGCCUAGCCCUCGAGCAGAACUUUUUGCUCUGCAAGAUUUCAGUUUGCCAUUGGCGCGUGUUCCAGAGAAACACGUGUCCUCAGACUCUGAAUCAGAGAACAGUGAUAUUCUAACACCAACGGAUGUGAAAAAAUCCGAGAAAGAUAUUCGUUUAUACAUGCCCAAACCAAGAGCUGUCCUGCAAAGACGACACACGCUAUCUAGUUUCAAAGAUCUGAUUAGUGUUUCUUUCUGGCACGAGCGGCAAACCAAGUUACAAUCAAAUGAUCCGCAAAGUUUGAGAGAUAAGUCCGUCUCGUUUGGGUUCGGAUUAGAAAUGGCUCCAAGGCCGACAACCUGCUUGGGUAUGGUGAAUGCCACAGCAAGUGGUGUAGCCGGAAACGGUCAGAGUAAGUUUAAUGGUUUCGGUGGACUGAAAGGAUCAUUGCCGGACAUUAUCCCACCAGAGAAGUGUGACUCUCCUAACGAUCUUUCGAAAAAAUGCACCACAUUUGAAGGGAACGCAUAUAAACCAGGAGUUUCCAAAGUUGUUCGGUUCGAAUCCAACAUGAAAUUCGAGGAGUGUCAUGUCGAUACUAAGUACACUUGCAACGUGGAUAAUACGGUUUUGGAAACGUUCGAGCCAAUACCGUACGUGGACGAGGAAGUACCGACACAGUCGGUUAACGAACGAGUAAAGCGGUUCGAAUCAAUUGCCAACAAAAAUAGUGCCAACGCUCCUGGGAAUUUGAAUGCUAAUAGUAAUGCUGAAACCAGCAAGUCAGCGAAUUUACAAAAUGUUAAGGAAAACAGCUGUAAUGAUACUGAAAACGCAACUGAUACCAAUUCAGCAAACUCCACCACUAUUAACGCCACUUCUCAUCCAGUAGCCAAACCCAUUCCAAUGCAACGACAGAUUUCACGAGAACCGAAUAUUGCUGAAGCAAUCAACACCGUGCUAAUUAAUCGGGACAUGGUCAAGCGAGGACGACUGGACAAGAGUCACAGUACUCCUGCUUAUGAUGACGACAUUCCGCCGGCCAUCGAACCGCGUAAGGAACAUCUCUCAAAAGCGCCACCAGUUCCUCCGCCACGUCCAAGGAAAACAUUAGAGCCCAACAUAAAUCUUGUACCUGAAAAACCUCCACCACCAUCCCCUGCGAUUGCUACGUCGUCUGCUACGUCGCCUCUCACCACAGUAACGGAUCUAGGGUUCGUCAGUCCCCAGCAAGCAUCCCUAGCUAACUCGGAGCACGGCGAAGAAAAUAACAAGUCAAAACUUGCAAACUUGGUAGAUCUGAAAAAUCGUGAACCUUCCGCAGUAGCUGGAGAGCAAAGCAUGCUAAUUUUGGCACCUCCACCGAAACCAGCCGAAAGGAUAAUGUCACCACCAAGACGAAUACCCAUGACUAAGCAUUUUUUGGAAGGACCCAUUGAAACUCCUUCAGAGCUUUUCACACCUAAUAAAACGAAGAGUUUGACAUUAAAGAAAAAGAACUCUCUGCUAUCGAAGCGAAGAAAUGUUUCUUUAAAAACUCUUUGCAUUAGUGACAUUCAAGGUCACUUGUACCGUCGUACCAAGGACCGCAGCGGUCUGGCGUAUUGGGCCAAGUAUUAUUUUGUGCUAAUCGAAACUACUUUGUAUGGAUUUAAGUCGAAAGAUUCACAAAAAGCAAACAGCAUGAUAUUUCUGUCAGGAUUUACUAUAUCACUUGCAAAAGAGGUACACUCGAAGCCGUUUGCCUUUAAAGUGUACCAUCCGAAUAAAACAUUCUAUUUUGCGGCGGAAACACAGGAAGCUCUUGCACAAUGGAUGGAAUAUAUUAAGCAGGCUACGUUGAAAGGAAAUAGCAAAACUCCAGGCAGUGGAUCAGCACACCACAGCGUAAAGGAGUUGUUUUCCGAAACCGACAGCUCAGAAGAUGAAUUCAGCUUGAUGGAUAGUCAAACUAAGCUGAAUUUACUGUGCACUCCCUCACCGCAAUUGUCCUCUUCUGUUGGAAGAAAUGUUGAACACUAUACAGGACAUUCCGAGGGCGGUACACCGACGUCUUCCAAACAUGACAAAUACCACCUAAAUUUUGGGUCUUUGAAAAAGUUCACCAAAAGUAACCCCUUCAGCUCAGAUGGAAGCAAUACAAAUGGAGCAAACAGCCAUGAAAGUAAGUUUUUCGGAUUUUUCAGUACGCACAAAAACGUGGAGAAGUCAAACUCGGAUGAAAUACCGGUUCCAACGCCUCAAUUUCGGAGCUACAGAAAGGUACCCGGGAAUAGCGGCAUGCAAAUCGGCAACAAUUCGGUUUCAACUGAAGUGAUUCCCCACGCAACCACUCCAACAGUCGCAACUGCACCGAACGAAAGCAUGACUGCUAGCAACUUGUCCUUAGCCUCUAAUUCUACGCAACAACAUCCAGCAUCCAUUGUCAGUUUACAGACCACGUCUACAGAGCUCGAAGGAAUUCCGCAACCCGUAAUUGUGGAACCAGAUUCAGAGCCAUUAUCUCCAACUCCCAAUGAAUCUGGUGAUAUGCAACGCAACAGAAAAACCAAACGGAUAUCACCACAUAAUUUUAUUCAUGCAUCCAAUCCCAAUCUGGUUGAAUUCGAUUUUCAAACUUCUAAAGCAUUACUUCAUACAUCAUCGAAUUGGGACAGUAAUCCCUCCCACGGCAAUCUGCACUCUAUGAUCACUCUGAAAGAUCUGAUGCUUCAGAAACAAGCCGAGGAAGCUCAGGAUAUGUACAACAAGCGUGUCUGUCUGGGAGUGGAAAAAUUCGAUGACAGAAGUUUGAAGAAAAAUCUGUCUAAAACAAGUGACACCCGGAUGGAGAACAAUGCUAUCAACGUUCCGGAGUCUGUGAACAAAAUUCAAAAACGACGUCUUCCUAUUACCCCGGAUUAUGCACAAAGCUUCAAAUUGGAUGAUGAAGACAUAUUGUACACUCGUAGCAAGGAGGGCCAAAAAUUAAGAGAUUUUGGGUACGAGCUUAUAUCCGGAGACGACACUUUCAAUUUGAGAAACUCUUCUUUGUCAUCUGUAUUGGCUAGUGGCAGUGGAUCCAGCUGCAGUUAUGAUGUCAAACGACAGGAAGGUGGUGGGUCGAUUAAGAAAAAAACUCGAAACUGGAUUAGCUCAGAAAAAAGAAACGAGGAAUCUUCCUCGUCGGACCGAUCGCUGCGAGACAGUUUCAAAAAGUCGAAAAAUAAGGCGGUCAUUGCCAAACUGGAUAACAUAAAAGCGAGCAGUGAGAAGCUUUUCCAGUUCAAGCACAGCAGCAACAACGAUAAGGAAUCGUUGAAAACAAAACAAUUGGAUAAAACUACGCCGGCUUUGAGUGUAAGCUUGAAACAACCCACAGGACCGUUCGUUAAUUUGGGAAAAAGCAAUCCGAGUACACCCCUACUGGACCAGGCUACGAUUUUUACCACUACCACCACCACAACCAAUAAUUUCGCACCUGGUCAAACGUACGCUGCCAGCGUGCCCAACUCGUCUAGUUUCAUUUCGAGUGGAGUAAAAAAAUCUAACACCUGUAACAAUUCAUCUGAUUUCAAAGAGAAUGCUUCAAAAACUAACAAUGUAAGAAAAAAUUCUGCCCCCGAACGGAGUGCAUCGUAUUUCACCAAACUAUCCUUCAGCGGCUCGUCCGGUAAAACGGCCAAGGAGAAAAAAUUGCUCGGAUCUCCUGGACUACAUCGGGCCAUUUUCGGCAAAAAUCAGCAGCAUCAGGAUUUCCAACCAACUGUUAUAGAUCAUGAGGUGUUUUCGCCGAUCAGCUAUUCAAAGAACGCUUUCCCAUCGGACGCCAGCCUGCAAUCUAACUCGACCCUAACAAGCACCAUUACCAUUGACAAUCUUCAGGCGACAACCACAACAACGUCGGUGCUCACCAGUAACCUGUGCAAUCGAAACUCACCGGACUAUCCCAAUAUGGAGUAUCCGCCGGUAUUCGAGCCGGAGACCUAUUCGUUAAGUGAUCCUAGUAUGACGCUUCUCAAGCGUCGCCAAAAUCAUCACCAGAAAUGACGAACCACCGAUCGCCACUCCAAGCGGAAGCGGUUGGCUACCGUACGCGAGCAUGAAUGUGGGUAAGCUGUCUUUCUGAUAUAUUGGUAGAUCGUUUCUUAACCUAGCCGAGCAAACUGAUUCAAAAUGUUCAAUAAUCAAUAGCAACAAUAUGGAAAGAUAUUAUCGUCGUAGUUUCUAUUCCUAUAUAACGUGUUAUACCGUUCUGAUCAAACAAAAGGUGCUGCGAAGAAUUAUUUUUAAACCUGUUUAUUUAGGGGAAAACUAACGAGUGGGAUUUUUUUAUUUAUUACCCCUGAUGCGCGUGCAGCCAUUUUUGCAUAAAUCAAAUAUUCCGGUUGUUUGGCUGUUUUGCGCGAACAUAUUUUGUGAUCCUAGUAGUUAAGACGAUAUUUUUAAUUGUAAUGUAUCAAAUUCAUAUACGGGCGAAUCGGGGAAGGCGGUCGCCAAAUUCUGAAGCAUUUAAUCUACUACUUAUCGAUAGGAGAGGAAGGAACAAAUAAGCAGUUUGAUUUUUAGUAUCCUCCCGCUUAAGAGAAACAUUCCUUGUAAAGGCUUACUUUUAGAAGAUAUCUGCUUAGAAUUGAUUUUUUUGCAACAUUAUUCUAAAUAUGUGCUAUGUGCCGACAAUUCUUAUGGAAGAGUAGAGUCUCUUAAGACGAAUAGUGCCUUAUUAGUGAUUGAGUUACAUGAAUAUAUAUGAGUUAAAUGUUAAAAUUU